GGAGAGUUCGUCAAGGCGCCUGGUGCAACUGUGACCUCGAAGCUCAAGGUGGUUAGUCGGGCAUUGCUUAUUCCCGUCCUGUUCUUUCUACCUUGCAGACUAAUUGCUGAUCGAAUAUCCGUUUAUUAAGCACAACUCAUUUUAUACAAAGUCGACAAUCUGAAGGUUAGAUUUAUUUGAAUAACAUUGUUUAGAUAAGUUUCUAAUGAACAAUUCAAUUGAACCGUGCGAAUUUGUUGAAACUAAUGAUACGUGCGCCUCGAAAAACACCGUCAAAGAUUUAUGUCACAGGCUAGAGAAAAACCCCUUCGAUUAUAAUGCACACGUACAACUCAUCGAGUGUCUACGAAAAAUAGGCGAUUUCAAGAGACUCAAAAUUUCGCGUGAGCGUAUGCACGAAACCUAUCCACUUACACCAGCACUGUGGCUUCAAUGGAUCGAGGAUGAGCUUAAGAAUGCUUCUACACUUGAAGAAAAGCGACGAGUGGAAAUUCUUUUUAAACGUGCGAUUGAUGAUUAUGAAGAUAUCAAUGUAUGGUUAGAAUACUGUCACUUCGCAAUCUCUACUUCGGAUUUCAGUUCUGCGGAUAGUAUAAAGCAAGCGGAAGUCAUUUUCGAAUCUGCUUUGUCACAUCAAGGACUUAAUGUUGUUGGGGGUUCGAUGCUAUGGGAGAUCUAUCGUGAAUAUCUCACUGUGGUGUGGUCUCAGUUACCACAAGAUCGUAAGGAAAUGAAACUAGAACAACUGAAUAAAAUGGACCGUCUAUUUCAGCGUCAACUCAGCAUUCCACAUUUGAAUAUGGAGCAGACAUUAACUGAAUAUAAAACUUUCUUAUCUGAUAUUGGUGUAGAACUAUAUCAACCGAGGGAAAAUUCAGAUUCCUUUAUACCACAAGAAAUCAAAACGGAAUAUGAGAAAGCUUUAGAGCGUUUAGCUGUUAUUUUACCAUUUGAAGAAUCCAUAGAAGAAUCCACUGACAAGUCAGAAGCGGAAGCUGUUUCCAGUUGGAAUACGUAUAUUGAUUGGGCAGUUCAUUGUGCAAAACGAAAAAAGCCUAAAACAUCUAAAAGUACUGAUAGUAAGAAUAAUGAGAACACUUCUACCAAUUUUGUUGUAUCACCUAAUGAGUUAUGCUGUCUUUUCGAGCGUGCUAUUACCGCACAUUGUUUAGAUACAUCUUUUUGGAUACGCUAUGCAGACUAUGUGGAAUCUCAACUAGAAACGGAUGUUCUGCGUUUGCAGAAGUUAUUAUCUCGAUCAGUUCGUAACUGUCCAUGGUGUGUCGAGUUAUGGCAACGUUAUGCAUUAGUCACCGAAACUGUGAUUCUUGAAAAUAUCUCAUUCAAAUCAAAUACCAAUGGAACACAACAGGAAUCUGUUUCCAAUGAGUCUGAUCUAUUUAAAGAGGUUGAUGGCAUUUAUGAAACAGCUCUAGCAGCUGGUUUCACUAAUCCAGAUGAUGUAUUGAAAAUUUGGCGUAGUUAUUGUGAUCAUCAUUUGCGUAGACUUCUUUUAUUAGAUAAGAGUUCUUUAUCUUGGGAAUAUCGACUGUCAUUACUUCGUGCAACAUUUGGUCGAGCUAUAGAAUAUUGUUUUGAAUUACUGCACUCUCAAUCAAAUGUUGACUGGUCACUUUUAAAUUAUUAUGCAUUUGUUGAAGCAAAGUAUGUUGAAGAUAAAGAGCGUGCUCGUGCCCUAUGGACAAGUUUAAUAAAGUUACCUGGACAUGGUAGUCGAGGUGAAUACUGGAUACCUUAUAUUCAAUUUGAACAGACUUGGGGUGAUAUGAAAAAUUUACUUAGAAUAUGUGCUAUGGCUAUUAAUUCAAUUAAUUUUGACCAAUCAGAAUUAGUAUUUCAAGUGGUUUUACGCGCAGUUGGUGAAACCGGGGUACCUGUUAAACAAUAUAGAGAUAUUAUAACAAAAAUACACGCACGUCGAGCUUCUUUAAUGGAGUCUGUUAAAGAUGUUCAGUCGACAAAGUCAGAUACUGAGAUACCAGUUAAGUCAAUGGAAAGCAAAUUAUCUGGUUCAAGGAAACGAAAACUACCUGAUCAUCAAAAUGAUGCUGCCACGUUAAAAUCAGCCAAAGUAUCAAAACCUAAUCCUACUUCUCAUGGGACAUUUGUUCCACACGAUCCAUCGAAAAAUGAGUUUACAGUAUUUGUAAGUAAUCUUGAUUAUUCAGUCAGUGAGGAACAAAUUCAACAUACUUUUGAAAAGUGUGGAAAUGUGACAUCUGUUCGUCUCGUACGUGAUUACGCUGGUCGGUCGAAAGGAUUCGCCUAUGUUGAAUUCGAAAAUAAAGAGUCUGUAAAAACUGCACUUACACUGGAUAGACAAGGAAUUACACGUCCGACCUUAGAAAGUGUGUCAUUUGACUCUGAUAGCCAAAAACAAAAAGAAGAGGAUAACGCAGCAAUUCCAAAACCACUUAAUUGUUAUGAUCGUCCAAUGUUUGUAUCGAUAUGUGAUCCAAGCCGACUUAAAUCAUGUGGAUUUAAAUAUACGGUUGGCAAAAAAGAACCUGAAAAGUUAUUUGUGCGAAAUUUAGAUAGAGCUGUAAAAAAUGAAGAUUUGGAAAAGUUAUUCAAACAGUACGGUAAUAUUGUGAGUAUUCGUCUAGCAACAUAUCGUAACGGUGUCCCAAAAGGUCAUGCCUACAUUGAAUUCACGAAUGCAGAUGAUGCCAGUAAAGCGUUAGUUGCCACAAAUGGCUUAGAAUUCAGAAAUAAAAUAUUGUCAGUAUCUAUUAGUGAACCACCUGUACGUGGUGGAAGUGAUCCACAAGGCUGUAAAUCAAUUACAUCAACAGAAGACAAAAAAGUGUUCAAAACCCCCCAAAUUAUUAAUUUCAGGGGUUCUCAUUCCGUCGGAACUAGUGUACGGAAAUCACGAACACAGUUAGAAUUUUUGCCGCGUGCAGUUCAUCGAACUCGUGAAAUUCAAGAUCCAGUGUCAGAAAGUAAGAUGGAUACUGAAACUACCGACCCUGAAUCAUCCACCGUUACUAGUAGUAAGGAUAAUGAGUACUUUCGAAGACUAUUGAAGUGACUCAUGACCUAACUUUUCUCUUGUAAAUUAUUGAAUAUCGAUUUUUAUAAUAAACCCUAUGGUCAGUUUAUUGGCAUCAGUAUCCCAAAACCCAGUACUUUCGAGGCUUCUUGUUAGCUAAACAUUUUGAUUAAUGCUUUCUUACGUACCUGAUUAACUGAAAAUUUGGAUGACAUUUCUUACCGGUUAAAAAGUGUGUAAUGCGAAAUGUGGUGUGUUUACUUCUACAAAGUUUGACUAUUAAUCAUAAAGAUGUAACACGCUGUAUUUAGAAAUUGUAAGCUUGUUCCAUUGUGUCGGGUGUUUGAUCAUACGCUAAUGCUUAAAAUAUAAA